AUGCAAAAAGGUCUUGCCCCGCUCCCGACGAUCCUGCUUCCUUUGUUCAUCCCCAGGCCUCCACUUCCCGUCGCUUUAAACCAGGUUCCGCAGUUCGUCCCGCAGGAAGUAGCAGACCGGCCCAACCCUGGUGCUUCCAGGAAGAGGAAACAACCAGCGGAUGACUCACGUAGCUCCGCCGUGGCGAAACGACCUCAGGGUCGUCCCCCCGCCGUUGCAAAACGACCUCAGGGUUUCCCCCCCGCCGUUGCGAAACGAACUUGGGGUCGUCCUGAGGAUUCUGAUGACUCGCUUCCUAAUUGCCGUCAAAUUUCAAUCUCUCAAAGCCAUAGACAACGACAGACUACCUACCGCAAGGACGAGCUUGUACAGCAGGAACCUGCGCAUGCCCCUGAACCUUCCACCUCACUGAACGUGAGACAUGAUCCGGCUCAGUACAAAUCGGAUGCCGAUUUGCUUGUGGCUUGCAGCACAAAAAGGCAGCAGCCUGAUCAUCCUUCACCCAGCCCCAAACGUCCCAAGACCAAACAACAAGAUCCUCCGCGUGUUGGCUGUAUCCCUAAUAAUGCGCAAGUUCAUUGGCAAAGACAAAGCGCAGAGAGACAUCGCCGCAACAGCCUCGGUUGGGAACUGGAGGAGCUCACUGCCUUGAGACCUGUUGCCUCCACCAAGAUCAUCACCCCCGCCCAAUCGCAAUCAACCCAGAACUGGCCCCUGUGCCUGCGCCAGCUCUUCCCGCGGACCUGGUUGUGCUUGCCUAGUCAAGCUCAGAUUCCUCCAACCCGCCAUUCAGCGCCUCAAGACCUCACUCUCUUGUCUCGAGUACGCACCCAUGUGAAGACCCUAUUUGGUAAGACUAUGGCUCUGAACCAGUUCCCUCCCCCGGCAACUGACCGCGAGAAAGCCAACUGGAGGCGGGAUCCGGAAAAUGACUUCCCAGAUGAUGAUGAGCAAAGCGUGGGUAGCCCCGCCAGCGACUAUUCGGGCCAUGAUGACGCCGACCCUGGGUUUCCAUACCCCAAUGGCCCAGGCCAUGAGAAAGCAUUGGCAACCGCGCUCAGGAUCAUGUGGCGCUCUAUGCGCCGGUGUGGUGUAGUAUCAUUCUGGCCUGACUUUUCACAGGGCCCUCGUGAUGUCAACAACUUAUUCCUCUGGGACCUGGCGCAUAGUAUUUUCAUCAAGCUAGUCCACGCGCAGGAGUACCGGGAAAUUGAUCUCGAGAAUUGCUCAGAGCAAAAAAUCCACCAGGCAAUCAUGAACCAUGCCAAACAAUUGCAAAGAACAUAUCGCGAGGCAGCUUGGGAUCCCCAACGGCUAGACAAGCGGGCUGUAACCAAACGUCGACAAGCAAGAACCAAACGAGUGCGUGAAACCCAAGUUAAAUUCCUUGCCAAUCAGGCAAGACUAGUCCCCCUGAUUCCAGUCAUCAAUGCCUGUACUAGCAAUCCCGAAACGGACCCUGAUUCCCUGGACUCUGACGACGAAAGAGAGAAGCAAGUGUUGGUUAGCCAUUUACCUUGGCGCCAUCCCAGGAUAGGUAGGGCCGUUGAUAUUAUUGAUUGUCUGAUUGAGUCAAAGCGGCAAUCGGGCUCUUGUGAAUACGGGGCAACCUCCCAUCUACAAGUUCGGCCACGUAACCCAACAAUCAGCCACCGCCCAGCUCCCUUGGGUCUAUCCCACGACGUCUACUGUGACGAGUGGAUCAGGACCCAGCGAAUUCCCCAGUUGAAUGCAUUAAAAGAAUUGUUGAAGGCCGCCUCAAAGAACUUGGAUGAUAUGGUAUAA